CGCACCAGUGCGUUGGUGUCUUUGCUGCCUCGCUCUCCCCGGGCUCCUCCUGCGCGCCACAAUGAAUUCCCGCAUGGCCAGGACGCUCGCCUUCACAGUCAUCUUUCUUCACUUUACCGGGCUGGCUCUCGCCACCUGCCCCGCUGCCUGCCACUGCCCCCUGGAGGCGCCCAAGUGCGCCCCGGGCGUCGGGCUGGUCUGGGACGGCUGCGGCUGCUGUAAGGUCUGCGCCAAGCAACUCAACGAGGACUGCAGCAAAACGCAGCCUUGCGACCACACCAAGGGGCUGGAAUGCAAUUUCGGCGCCAGCUCUACCGCUCUGAAGGGGAUCUGCAGAGCUCAGUCAGAGGGCAGGCCCUGUGAAUAUAACUCCAGAAUCUACCAAAACGGAGAGAGUUUCCAGCCCAACUGUAAACAUCAGUGCACAUGUAUCGAUGGCGCGGUGGGCUGCAUUCCUUUGUGUCCCCAGGAGUUAUCGCUCCCCAAUUUGGGCUGCCCUAACCCCCGGCUGGUCAAAGUUACCGGGCAGUGCUGUGAGGAAUGGGUCUGUGAUGAGGAUGGUGCCAAGGACCCCACAGAGGACAGGGACAGCCUUCUUAACAAGGAGCUGGAAGAAUUGGAUGCCUCAGAGGUGGAGUUAACUCGGAACAAUGAAUUAAUUGCAGUUGGAAAAAGCGGCUUGCUGAAGCAGCUCCCUGUUUUUGGACUGGAAUCUCACAUCCUGUACAAUCCUACUUUGCAUGGCCAGAAGUGUAUCGUUCAGACAACUUCAUGGUCCCAGUGCUCAAAGACCUGUGGGACUGGAAUCUCCACACGAGUUACCAAUGACAACCCUGAAUGCCGCCUAGUUAAAGAAACUCGGAUCUGUGAAGUGCGGCCUUGUGGACAGUCGGUGUACAGCAGCCUGAAAAAGGGCAAGAAAUGCAGCAAGACCAGAAAAUCCCCAGAACCAGUCAAGUUUACUUAUGCAGGGUGUUCUAGUGUGAAGAAGUACCGGCCCAAGUACUGUGGUUCUUGUGUAGAUGGCCGGUGCUGUACACCCCAGCAGACCAGGACUGUGAAGAUGCGAUUCCGCUGUGAAGAUGGGGAGAUGUUCUCCAAGAAUGUCAUGAUGAUUCAGUCUUGCAGAUGCAACUAUAACUGCCCACAUGCCAAUGAGGCGGCCUUUCCUUUCUACAGGCUGUUCAACGACAUUCACAAAUUUAGGGACUAAAUGCUAGCUGGGCUUCCAGUGCAAGGGUGCACAACCAAGGGAGUAUGCUGCCAGAAUCACGGAGAGAUGGGGUGGGGGCGGUUUGGGUGGAGGGACUCUGUUGUAGAGGGAAUGCAUUACUCAUUCUUGAGUAAGUACUGAGGUGUUUUGAAAUGGCCACAUACGAUGAUGCCGAGGGACCCUGAUGCAGCCGCGAUUUGAGAAUUCUUUGCUUCAUAGUACUGGAGCACAUGUUACUGCUUCAUUUUGGAGCUUGUAUUGAUGAUUUCUGUUUUCUGUUUGUAAAUUAUUUGGUCAAUGUAUUCCCCCCAAGACUUUUUAUCCUUCAGUUCUUCAGUUGUAAAAGAUAAUAAGAUUAGCUAGACCAUUAAAGUCUUUGGCAGAAUUGGAGAGUAAUCCAUCCCUUCCUGAGAUGACACUCCGUGAGUGACUGAGAGGCAGCUGCGCUCUAAACUGCAAACAGAAAUCAGGUGUUUUUAAGAUUGAAUGUUUUUAUUUAUCUAAAUGUAGCUUCUUUUGGGGGGGAGAAAUGUAAUACUGGAAUAAUUUGUAAAUGAUUUUAAUUUUAUAUUCAAUGAAAAGAAUUUAUUUAUGGAAUUAAUCAUUUAAUAAAGAAAUAUUUACCUAAUA